AUGAUCCGUCUCACCUCUGGCGAAGUAUUAAGACAGGUUGGUGUCGCUCUUAACCAGCACAAGCCCGACACCCUCGUUGAACUUCCGCAGAUCGUCUCCUGGUCUGAAGGGAUUCAGAAGGCAACGGCUGCUAUUCAGGGUACCCAAGGGGACGUAUUCCUUGUUAACCCUCGUACCCGUCGCCAGAAGGAGAUCUGGUGUCAGAUGGCGCUUGAGAACGUUCGUGGGGACAAGGAGGCUCCCCAGCCUAGCGAAAAGAAACCUGGCCUCCGUAUACGGACAAGUUAUGAUAUGUCUACUCUGCCAUACCCUGGAAUGCCGUCAAAAGAAGUGCAAAAGAAACUCAAAGAAGAAUUCCUAAAGGAGAAUCGACAAUCACCAUCGAAUCAUACUGCACCCUAUAUUAUCAACAAUAGGGCAGGCCUUUUAGACAACGUCUUACCACUUGUUCAAGCACAUAUUAGAGUCUGCCCCAUAGACGAUGAAUUUGAAUCCUCUGAAAUUUUGCCGGAAGCGAAUAUGAUCUGGGAUACCGGAGCACACCGAACUAUAAUCUCUGCGGACCUUCUUUCCGAACCAUUCCGUCGUCGUCUUGAAAAUGAGGAGAACGACAUAUAUCGCUCUGAGAGUGGGACAGCUGUUCAGGUGACAAUCCUAGUUGCCCUCUCGAACACUACAGUCACCAUUGAGGCGAUUGCUCUAGUUUGCCCUAGAAAUCUUAUGCCAAACGGGUACAAUGGCAUUGUCUUCGGACAAAGCCAAUGUAUUAAUUCGCUGGUAUAUACCAGUAUUCCUCGCACGGCUCUUCUUCAUUCUGGAGAGGACGUUGCUGAGGAUGCCUGGGGCGACCUUUCUCUCAGUUCUUAUUUUGAUCCGUUUGGUGACGCCCAUGCCUUUUGA